AUGUCCAACGGGUACUACUCCAACGGCUACUCCAACUCGUACUCGAACGGCUACUACGCCAACGGCUACACCAACACCAACACCUCCCGCGGGCAGGUCACCUACGCGUCCCAGGACGAGGAGUAUCCCUCCGUCUUCGAGUCGUCGUCCGAGAGCGGCGGCGACGACAACAACAGCAACAACGACGGCAACUCGAGCACCUCGGAGAGCGAGGACGGCCCCGUCCAGCGCACCAUCACCUGCACCUGCAACUGCUGCGACCACAGCGGCCGUGAGCACCGCGAGGCGGGCUACAUGGGCCAGCGCAUCAACUAG